AUGAAGUUCACCACCGUCGUCUUCGCUCUCGGCGUCGUCGGCGUCCAGUCGAUGCAACUCAUCAGCGAGGACCCGCUGUGCAAGUACGAGAAGCUCAGUGUCGAGGCCUGGUACAACUGCAACGACGCCAACGGCGGCAGCGACCCUUACAAGGACUCGGACUGCGACAUGCCCUACGCGCGAGCUGGGAGGAACGAGGGGCGCAAGUUUAAGCAUGUUAGCAACAACUGGGGUGGCGACAGAUGUGCCCUGCAGUGCUAUCUCAAUAAAGUGGAUUAUGCCGGGCCGUUGCGGAUACCGUUACCCGGAUAA